CAUCUAUCUCUGUAAGAGGACAAUGCAGAAUAAAGCAAGGCUGGAAUUGGCAGAUUAUGAAGCAGAAAACUUAGCAAGACUCCAGAGGGCCUUUGCAAGGAAGUGGGAAUUCAUCUUUAUGCAAGCAGAAGCACAAGUGAAGAUAGAUCGGAAAAAGGACAAGACGGAAAGGAAAAUUUUGGAUAGUCAAGAACGGGCCUUUUGGGAUGUGCACAGGCCAGUGCCAGGGUGUGUGAAUACAACAGAAAUGGAUAUCAGAAAAUGCCGGCGUCUGAAGAACCCACAAAAGGUUAAAAAGUCAGUGUAUGGCGUGACUGAAGAGUCCCAGUCGCAAAGCCCCGUGCACAUACCCAGUCAGCCAAUCAGGAAAACUACAAAAGAGGACAUCCGGAAACAGAUAACAUUUUUGAAUGCACAGAUUGACAGACAUUGUUUAAAAAUGUCCAAAGUGGCUGAAAGCUUAAUUGCUUACACAGAACAGUAUGUGGAAUAUGAUCCUUUGGUCACGCCGGCUGAGCCCUCCAAUCCCUGGAUCAGCGACGAUAUCACUUUAUGGGACAUAGAGAUGAGCAAAGAACCCAGCCAGCAGCGAGUCAAGAGAUGGGGCUUCUCUUUCGACGAGGUAUUGAAGGACCAGGUGGGGCGGGACCAGUUCCGGAGAUUCCUGGAGUCCGAGUUCAGCUCAGAAAACCUCAGGUUCUGGUUGGCUGUCCAAGACCUCAAGAAACAACCCCUCCAGGAUGUGGCCAAGAGGGUAGAAGAAAUCUGGCAAGAGUUUCUGGCUCCAGGGGCCCCAAGUGCAAUCAACCUGGACUCUCACAGCUACGAGAUAACCAGUCAAAACGUCAAAGAUGGAGGGAGAUACACAUUCGAAGAUGCCCAGGAACACAUCUACAAGUUGAUGAAGAGUGACAGCUAUGCCCGCUUCCUCCGGUCAAACGCUUACCAGGACCUGCUGCUGGCCAAGAAGAAGCCAGAAAGUGAGCAAGGUCGUAGAACUUCCUUAGAAAAGUUCACUCGCAGUGUGUGGAGAAGGGGCGCCAGGGGGCACCAACCUCCAGGGAAGUCACCCGAUGAACUCAGGCAAGUUCUUGACUUCUCCCCUUCUGCCAAACCCAAGCCAGAACCCUUACCUCCCUACCUGGCUCUCAGGCUCCUGACUGCUUCCCUCAGCAAGGCCCCCCCAGGCCUGCUAUCACAUGCUCACUCAUCAUUUAUGAACCCGAGCAUCAUAUUUACUCAUGGGUAACCUUCAGUCUCCUUGAGAGAACAGUUCAUCUCUGGAGCCUCCCAUUUCCUGCCUACUGAGGUCAUUUGGUGAGGCCCAUUCAGCAAAACCCUAUUUUCAUUAGCAAGGAUGAAAAAUGCCUGUAUCACAACAAGGUGAUCAGUUUGGAUCAAGGCACUAGACACAAUGUUCCAGAUUGGUCCUGUUGCAAGUUCCAGUUCUUCUCACAGAGGAACCGGGUUUCUCCUACACUGGAGUAGGAAGCCCCGGAUUGAGCCAAAAGGCAAAGUCACGGGACCUGCAACUGAAAAAGAAUAAGGAGUGGGAAAUUUCAAAGCAGAGAUGUGAUAGCCGGAUUUUGUUUCCCAAUAUUUUUUUUCUUUUGAGGGUAAUUACAGAUAGCAAAAUGAACAGAUCUGAAGUGUGUGGUUCAAUGAAUUUAACAAAUCUAUGCACCACUGUCACCUACACCCCAUGAUCCUGGAAAGUUCCCUCAUGCCGCUUUCCAAUCAAUUCAAUCUUUCUCCUCCAGAGGCAACUACAGUUGAUUCCUAGCCCCAUAGUAACAUGGAUUUAGAUUGGGUGGACCUGAGAUCUGUAACUUUGGUCUUUGGUCAUCUGGGCAAGUCAGCUUGAGAGUCUCAUCAGCAGCUCAGAUGUCUUUACUCCCUUAGCAUUGAGAAGGGUCCUGCCUGAGUCCCUAGUGCUUGGCUCUGCUGUCCCCAAUAUGCCACCUAACCCCAAGGUUACUCUCUGAGCCACAGCCCUCCUUCCAGCCAAAGAGUGUAACAUCAGUGUCCCAGGUAAGUAAGUGGCAAAAGCUCUUGGUAACAUGGAUCGUGCAUGCUUUGUUGAUUAAUAUCUGGAAGUGCAAUGCACAGAGCCACAGCAUGUCAAGCAGCAUGUUGAUUUUUCUUAAAGCACGGCACAAAAGGGAGACAUUCCUUUUGUGCAUUUCCUUUUAGAAAUGAAGGAUUCCAUGACCACCUUCUUCCAGGCUUCUAGCCAUCAAGAUGGCCACAGAGCUGAAAUGAUUAGUCAGGGUGGAGGGUGGACGUUUGUGAACCCAGUCCAUGAAACUGAAGGAUCCUGAUCCUCUUGGGUUAACUUAGCCAAAUGUCUCGAAGGUGAAAAGCACUUUGUCUGUAUGCAAAGCUUUGGUGUCUCUGGAAUGUACCUUCUGCAGUUCAGUUCUUAAUCACUGUGUAUUUUUUCACUUGGACAAAGGCUGCCUGCUAAUAGCAUUUUCAACCACCUUCAGCUGCUACGCUCAGCUACGACAAGGCCUCGGGCUGAGCUGGCUGCCCUUCCUGGCACCAUGAUCCAUUCCCAACUGACCUGCGCUGGGGAACAUCACACAUUCACACCCUGAAAAAAUGGCUUCCCCCGUCACUAUACAAGAUGCCGGGUGGAAAUAGAAUUACCACACUUCCCUUCCUAAGUGUUUCCUACAGGAUCGUCCGAUUGAGGCAGGGAAGGGGGUGAAGAAGAGGGAGGAAAAGAGCCUGAGAGCGUGCAGGGCAGGAGCUCUCUUCUCUCUGGACAGAGCAGGUAGCUCAGGGGCUCCCAGCAAGCCCCUAGCAGCAUAGACCUGGGGGCAGCUCAUCUAUGAACACAGGUAGCCUCUGCUGUCAGAUCCCUGAAAAUUACAGGAGCCUCAGCUCUUCAGAAGAGAGGCAGCUGCUGAGCCAGUGUGAUUGCAGGCUUUCUUCCCCAAAGCCCGAGGCCAGGCAUCUAGCCAUGCCUGCGUCCUGCAUGAAUAACCACCUUCCAGCCCCACCCGGGAGGUCACUGAGUAGCGGACAGAUUGCAGUUGGACUGAGCUGCCCCCUGAGCGGACCUGAAACCUCACGACCUCCUUUAGCAGCAGAACUGGCAUUUGAAAAAUGUGUGUGUGUGCAGGGGUGGGGGGAGGGAGACAAAAAUGCCAAGGAACACCACCUGGAUUGCUGAGAGGCUGGGAACAAUCUCAGGGCAAGUUCUCUAGGCUGGCCUCUGAAGUCUUGAGAAAUGGAAGCAGCUGGGGGCAAGGGGAGGGGCAGGCUUUGACGGCCGGCCACAGGGCCUUGGAGUCAGAGCUGUGAGGCUGAGCUCCAGGACUCAAGCAGGAAGAGAUUAAUUAGUGCCUCCAAGCCCAGCCCAGCCCCUUCUACAGAACAGGGAAGGGUGGAGGGUGGAGGACCUCGGGGCCAAAGGCACCUCAAACAGAUAGUCCCAUAAUAAUCCAGAUACAGAAUCUUCAACCUACAGCCCUCUCUCCAGCCAAAAUGACCUCACUAAUGAGGAAGAAGCCAUAAUGAGGGUUUGGAUGCCUGGUAAACCUCACCUUCUUUGUUUCUGGGCUCUUAACAUACACGCUAGCAAUAGACUGUUAUUCAGGAGCUUUACUGAUUUUUUUUUUUCCCCACAUCCGCCAGCUCAAUCCAAGCCCGAAUACCAUGUAUGGCAAAGCCAAAACAUAUAUAUUUGGUGACACAAAUGUGAUUUGUUGCCCUGGUGGAAAAGGGACAGAAGGAGAAGGGGAGGAGCCAGUAUUUGGGGUGUGGUUCCUGCAGCAAUAAGGGGCACCGGGAGGCAAGCAAAAUGCCGCUUUUGUGAAAGCACAUGAGCAGGGAUGGACAUGGGUGAAGGGGCUGGGGGAGGUUUGUUAGAACGCUCAGACCAGGAGGCCCCUAGACUCAUCAGCUCCACAUUUCCCCCGAGAGGACCCCACACACGUCCCCACACUUGCUGCCUUCAGGCUUGCAUCAAGAAGGCACAGUCCCAGGUGAACCAACAAGAUGACAAAUGCCUCGAGCUCCAUCUAAGAAAGGGCAGUCAAGGAGAGCACCAGCCAUGUGUGUGCCUUAGAAUCCAGGGCUGGAACAAGUCCUUGAAGGGCAGCCUCUGCCAGCUGUGAGCUCUUGUCCCACCUAACCCACUCUACACAGGGGAAUAGCCACCCUGCUUUUAGUGAUUUGCAAAGACUGGCACUGGAACCCUCUAGGAUUAAAAAAAUCUGAUUAAAAAAUCCUUACCCUUGUAUAAAUGUAGACUGCUGCAGGCUAAGUUUAGUGUAUUUGAAGAUCCAGAUAAGGUUGCUAUUGGGAAGAUUGUGUGUGUGUGUGUGCGUGCAUGUGUGUUUAAAAUAGGGGAGAAAAAAAUGAAGUUUUGUCUCACUAGUGAAAAUGAGGGGUGAAAUAAAAGGGGAAAAAGAGCAAGGGGAUGUCGAUGCAGACUUUCCAACAGCUCCCGAGGGCAGUUCCAUUUCUGGACAAGCUCCCGUGCAUGCCACUGGAAUUCUCAAAGUCAAGCUGGCACGUCCCUCUAUGGAGAGUUAAGCCAGAUGACACAUUGUCUUGCAUCCAGCAAACUCACAGCCCUUGUUCAUUUACUAGAUAUACCCAUUAUCCAUCAAUUCAUCAAUCAGCCGGUUUAUUGAGUACUCUACCAGGCUUCACAAACCUGAUCAAUUUUUUUUAAUUACAUCCAGCUUGCACUCAGUCAAGCCCAGUAAACAAGAUGAGCCCUCACACCCCACUUGGAAAUGAACAUGAGGGGCCGCUGGUCCUUGCAGUCCCUCACUACCAAACACCACAGCCCAUGCUGAUGAGGACCACGUGCUCCCCUUUGCAGAUGGCGAUGGUUUAGCUGACCGGCUGUCAAUAAUAGCAUGGGUUUUGAGUAUUUUCUCAGACACAGUGAUCAGUCUGCUCGGGUCCAGCCACACUCUCCUCUAGACCCCUGUCCGAUGUUCUGGAUUUCUUCAGAGGGUGAGCAGGGAAUGGGCACGGGCUGCGUCAAGGGAAAUAAGCAGAACGACGGAGACUCAGUCAUCCUCCUCAUCCAUCCUCAUGGUGCCCAAUCCCACAUCAGAGGCUCCUCGGCCACCUCCUCCCAGGCACAGGAGUCGCUGGCCUCUCUCAAGAUCUCAGUGCCUCAUGCACCAGGCCUCACGGUCCAGUUCAGUUUUUUCAUUUUCAAGAACUGCUACAUGGCAAGUGAAGGGCUUGUAGAUGUCCCGAUGUGGAGUCAUCAAACUCAGCCCCUGGGUACCACACACAGGGAGCCAGGAACACAGGACACGGCAGGAGCAUGUUGCCCUGGGGCCUGUAGUGGUACCUGUUCGCCAGCCCAGGCUCCCAGCCUUGGCACAGGCCCCUAUAUUUCCACAGUCCCAGAACUUGUCAUCAGGAGGUCGCCAAGCCUGUGUGUCUCUCCCGGGGAGGGCUCAAUCCUGCCUUUCAGACAGGAUCCUAGGUCUUCUGCACUCUUCUGCAUUCCCACAUCUCCUGCCUUCUUAAGACUAGUUCAUUCAUUAGCUUCUAGUCACCCAAAUCCUUAACCAUCACCUGUGUGGGUCAACCCACUCUCCCUGAUCUUACUACUCCUCAGUCCACCUUUUCCUUCCUGGCUUGAACGAAAUCAAGUUCAGGGGCAGCCCACAAGCAUUAAGAGAUGCUCUACCUAAAAGUGAAAAUGCCUCGUUUUGGGGUAAGUAAAAUUCCCACACCCCAAAAAAAGACCAGCAACACACGUUCACUCCCCACCCCGUGCCCCAGAGCCCUGGUUGUUCCAACUGUCUGCAGUCAAGGGCCCGAACCCAGAGAUCAGCAGGGUCCGUUAGCUAAGUCGUUUGGCCUUCGGGGCUCGUGCAGCAAUUAAUUCACCUGUCUGGCUCUCUGUCUCGGUCUCUG